UCCAAGCUUCUGACAAACAUCGAAAUAUUUGCUAGUCAGUUGACUGUAGCUCUCUCUAUCUCUUACUACUCAAAACAAGAUGAAGUUACUCAUUUUGUUCCUCUUCUGUCACGUUGCAUCUACAGUGAAACACUCACUGAAUCUUUUCAUUACUGCAACUUCUGGAGUCCCAAACUUCCCAGAGUUCGUGGCUUCCGGGAUGGUCGAUGAAGUGUUGACGGGUUACUAUGACAGCAACAUUAAGACCCUAGUACCCAAACAGGACUGGGCGAGGAAACUAGCAAUGGCUGAGCCACUACAACCGGAGUGGUUUCUUCUGGAGUGUUUUAGUCAACAUCAGUAUUUAAGAGCCAACUUGGACAGCCUGAAGCAGCGCUUAAACCAAACUGGAGGUGUCCACAUUUUACAGAGGAUGGACGGCUGUGAGUGGGACGACGAGACUGGAGAGGUUGUUGGUUUUAGUCAGUACGGUUAUGAUGGAGAAGACUUCCUUGCAUUUGACCUGCAGACGCUGACAUGGACCGCUCUAAAGCCACAGGCUGUCAUCACCAAACUUAGAUGGGAUAAUGAGAAAGCUAGAUUAGAAUACUACAAACAAUUCUACACCGACAUAUGUCCUGUCCAGCUGAAGCAGUACCUACACUAUGGGAGGAGCUCUCUGCAGAGAACAGAGCGUCCCUCAGUGUCUCUCCUCCAGAAGACUCCCUCCUCUCCAGUCAGCUGCCACGCUACAGGUUUCUACCCCGACAGAGCCAUGAUGUUCUGGAGGAAAGAUGGAGAGGAGAUUCAUGAGGACGUGGACCUCGGAGAGAUCCUCCCCAACCACGAUGGAUCCUUCCAGAUGAGUGUUGAGCUGAACCUGUCAUCAGUCGCACCUGAAGACUGGAGGAGGUACGACUGUGUGUUUCAUCUCUCUGGUGUGGUGGACGACAUCGUCACCAGACUGGACAAAGCAGUGAUCAGGACCAACUGGGUUCCUCCUGCAGGGUUCCCUGCUGGUCCUGUUAUUGGAGUUGUUGUAGGACUGCUGCUGCUGCUGCUGGCGGUCUGCAUCGCUGGACUCUUCAUCUGGAGGAGGAACAAUAACGGGUUUCGCCCUGCUAACAGGGGGCAGUGAACAUAGAAGAGGAUGCUGAACUCCACAAUUUAUCAUCUCAGAGGACUUUAUAAUCUGUACAACAUAUAUUUAGGGCCCGAGCACGAAAGUGCCAGGACCCCAACGGUGUCCUGGCACGAAAGUGCAAGGAAACCUAUUGUUUUUCUAAGUAUUA